UCAAUCGGUUCCUGAUUACCGAUCAAGCGAUCUCUUUUUCUUUGGGGGGGAAAACGGUGGUAACAGUUUACGCCAGCUGACAAGUCAGAUAAGUAGUGUUAGGUUUGUUAAAGGUUUUUUUUUUUCAUGAAAUGGAAAAAAGCGCUUAGCUGAUGCAUCACCACCAAAUGCAGUCAGACCUGAAACCUGGCUGGCCCUCCACUUGCAACUCGGGAAAUAAUAACGUGAACUGCAAUAACAGUAUGGAUGCUCCUCAGUAUCCAGGCUACCCCUCACACUACUGGUAUCCUCAGUCACACUCGACAGGACACUACACAACAACCUAUCCCUCUGGAUCAGAUGUUCAGCCACAGUACAGUCCACAGGUGAUGCCUGGAGGUUAUCCAAAUGGCCAUGGUGUCUACAGCCAACCUCAGAGUCAGUAUUCAACAAGUGGUUUCCACCCAUCCAACCCUUUCUACUGUGCUGACCCUCAGAGACCAGCUCCAGGUCCUUAUCCCAGCCAGGGCUGUCCAGCUGAGCAGAGCAGUGGCCCAUCUGGGCAGCCACAUUCUCAGCACCAACAUCACCACUAUCCUGGACCUCACUGUCAAGGGGGUCCUGGAUAUCCUCCUGGAGCAUACCCUCACUACAGUGAAGGUGGUCAUGCAAUGCCUCCAAAUCCCCCAUACCCCACUGGCGGGUCUCUCCACCCUAGUCCCCAGGCUGAGGCUUGGGCGCACUCUGGUGCAUAUGCACCCUCACAGCAGCAAUGGCAGCCCGGCCAGCAGCCUCCACAGAACCAUUAUGGAAAUCAUCCUGUCCGUCCAGCACAUCCACCAGCAUGGCCAGGGACUGGAACUGGUGCUCCACCACCUUAUCAACCCAAGGACCAACAGCACCAACGUGCCCCACAAGUGGGACCUAAGCCCAGGCCAACCCUACCCCAAAAUCCCUCCAACGGAAAACCCACAGAAAUCAGUUCCCCUCCCCAAAUGUACAACAAAAUAGGGAGAGGUGAGCCCAAUCCUUCACGAGGUGAGCCUCCACCCUCUGCCCCUGCUCCAGCUCCCGGCUUUGCUGGACCUCAGCCCCUGAGCGAUAACCCCGGCCUAGCUAAGGUCCAGCAGGUCAUGGCUAGAGUGCUCAUGCAUCAGGAAGAUGUUGAUGAGUUUGUUGGCAAAAAAACAGACAAGAGUUACCGGUAUCUGGAGGAGCUGCUGACCAAAGAGUUACUGGAGCUGGACUCUGUGGAGACUCAGGGACAGGAUAAUGUCCGGCAAGCCCGCAAGGAGGCUGUACAGAGGAUCCAGGCCCUUCUGGACAGGCUGGAGAAGAAAGCUUUCUGAACUGGACUCAUUCAUUGGUUUGUGGAUCACUAAGUCUUGCUGUUUUCCUCCUCCAGAUCUUCCAUGGACACAAGGAAGGUCUAGACUUGUUCUCGGAGUUAUGUUUCUGUUUUUUUCCCCCUGUCACCAUGAUAUAAAAGGCUUGAAGCAAGUGACGAGGAGCCGAGAACAAGGUAGAACGAUCACUGGUACAUAAAAUCAACCUUAGAAGGCUAAUUGGGCUGGUAUAACUGAUAUUGUGGUGUUAGAUCUGCAAACUGAUGGUUGUACAUAUCAUAGGUGACUUUCAGCCUCAGUGAGUGACUGAGUCUUAACUGUGUUUCCCAGCAUAAUGCAGGGCAGAGAUGCUGGAAGGUGGAUUUAUUUAGUGCCACAUUGCAACCGUUAGUGUUUUCCAACCUGUGAUACAGAAUCAGAUUAUUGUCAUGCUGUCCUUCAGGAUCAUGGGUCAGUUUGAAUCGGAUCCUACAUUUAACAACGCGUGCACUUCCUUAGCUGUCCAUUAUUGUAUUUCACAGUCAAUUUGCAUGAUCAUAAUGUUGUCCUCACCACUGAUGAAGUCAAUACGCUUAGUUACCCAUAGUCAAUUACUUUACCAUGCCUCUGCAGGAAUUGGUGCAAUGCUUUCCUUUUUUCCCAUUGUGCUCCCAGCCCCGCAUGCACUGUCUUUAUAUCAGACGAGCACAGUUGAACUGAAUACAGUCGUGACAUCUCAGAGCUUAUAAUUGGGCCUGGAGUCGUAGCAGAUUAGUGAAAACCCCCUAAAGAUUGCUAUCCCCAUUAAAUCCAUCUUUCAGAUGAAAUUGCUUCGUAAGUGCAGACCUGUGAAUCAGACCUACAUAUGAAUGCCAUGUAUUUCACUAUAGGAACUGCUGUUAUUGCAGAUAUAGUACAAGGUUAGGAAUGACUUGAAAAGCUGUUCAAUGAUGUCCUUUUUUCUUCUUCCCUUUUUUUGAAUAUAUAUGAUAAAGCAAUUGAAUUGUAUUUUCAUAAUUGUUCAAUCAGUUGCUGUAAAGGAAAAUAUGUACUUUUCAGCAAUGUUUUGUGCUUGACGAUAAUGCUGGUCACAGCACUCAAAUUUCAGACCUUGUUUUUUUCUCUUGCACUAAAAUUCUUGUUCUGUCAAAUCCUGAUUGCACCAUGAUCACAGGUUAUUCACGCUUAAGUAGAGCAAGUUUUUCUUUAAGCAUUUGUGAUGUAUUGAUAUAGGAAAAAAAGCGUGCCAUAUUUCAAGGGAUGGUUUUAUAUAAUUAGAAAAAUAAUAAAAAUAAGAUUACAAGCUUUGCAUGAAAAAACAUCAUCUGUCAUAUGUGUUCAUUUUCCUGUGCUGUUAAGUUUCUGUUUAGAUGGACCACAACUGUACAGUUUCCAGAUGUAAUGCAUGUUUCCAACACAAGAUGGGAAUCUUCUGCCUGACAAAUAGUGAAAUUAUAACAAAUGAGAAAACUCCCCCAGAAAUAAUUAAAUAUGAAGACAGGCCGAGUCCCUGAGUAGAUCAGAUCCACCUGAAUGUCAUCUGAAAGCAUGCUUCAAUGGAAAGGAUACAACUCAAGGACCUUUUGUACAAAGGAGUUAAGUUGGUCAAUGCCACAAUUUUGCUUAAAUUUGUUUGCUGACAUAGAAA